ACAAAGCGAGGCGCACGUGUGCAUGAAAGCCAACGCUCGGCAAAAAACUUCCGUUACUCAAACACACCAACAAAACAGAGCGAAGAAUAGACGCGUAAAGUUCUUAUUUUAAUACCAAAAGCAGAAACGCCAACGAAUAACAAUCAGUGGAAAAUUAUGAUUUUUGAUGUGUGCGCGCAUUCAUAACAAAUAAAUAAAUAAUAGAAGAUCAAAUGAUGUGGAAAUUGUGGGGAAAAUUUACGAUGGCAAGUGAAAUUCCCCGGAACUGUCGAGUGACAACAAGAUAAAUGCUAAUGCUCACAACUCACUUGAAUAAAAAAAGGAAAAAAACAGGCACAUCAUCGUCAUCAUUAUUUGAUUUAAGAAACAAUAUUUUAAAUUCGAAGCAACAACUGUGUGUGUUUUUUGCUGCCCGGGGCACAUGACAAAAGUAAAACAUAAAAAUCUGAAAUAUUUAUAAACGACAACAAAACGAAUAUCUUGUUAGAUUCCCAGCAACGACAAACAAAGAACAAACAACAGUCAGACAGACGGCAGGAUUGGAGUGUGGAAAGUGAAGGAAAGUUCGAGAGGCUGGAAUUAUGUGAUGGCGGCAGGCAGCUGUGUCAUCAUCAACGGGCCCACGCAUCAAGUAUGGAAAGCAUAUCAAAAUAUUUGAAUUUGAACAGCAGGCAGCUGAACUGAUGGGCGUUGCCCGGGAUUGAAAAUUAGUCAAGCGAGCGAGCAUAGCGACAGCAAUAGCAACAACAACUGGGAGAGAGAGAGAGCAAAGCAGAGAGAAGCAACAGCGAGAAGAACAACGAACAGGAGCAGCAGUAGUAGGAGCAACAACAAGCCACACAACAAACAUGAAAGGCUACUCGAAACCAAAUGGUGCCGCUAACCGCAACUGCCACAUGGACCAUGUCCAUGGCGGCUGUGGCAUCCUGUUAUUUGUGCUGACAGCCCUGACACUAACGAGCUUAAUAACGCCCACAGAGCAGUUGACAGCGACGCCAGCAGCGACGCCAACAAAUGCGACAGCAACAGAAAUUGCAAUGCAGCCGAGCAGCAAAUCCAACAGCAGCAGCUCAAUAUUGGAGCACUCCGAGUACUACAAGCACAUGAAUGCGAAUCUCUCGACUGCCGACAGCAACAACAACAACUACAACAAUGGAGCUGGCUUCGUAUUUCCGCCCGAGUUUAAUGGCACGCUACCCGUGGGCUUUGGCGGUGAGCUGCCCAAUGGCAGCGGACCCUACAAUGGGUCGCGUGGGGAUUGCGCCGAUGAUUGGAACUUUGGUGUCCUGCUGGUCACCAUGAUACUCUACGCGCUCGUCUGCAUUGUCGGACUGUUUGGCAACACGCUCGUCAUCUAUGUGGUGUUGCGCUUCUCCAAGAUGCAGACGGUCACAAAUAUCUAUAUACUCAAUCUGGCGAUUGCCGACGAAUGCUUUCUGAUUGGCAUUCCCUUUGUGAUCUACACCAUGCAUGCGGGCAAUUGGGCAUUUGGCACUUACAUGUGCAAGGCUUACUUGGUGAGCACCUCGGUGACGCAGUUCACUUCAUCGAUCUUUCUGUUGAUCAUGUCUGCGGAUCGUUAUAUUGCUGUCUGUCAUCCAAUUUCAUCGCCACGCUAUCGCACACCGUUUGUCUCGAAGCUGGUCUCUGCGGUGGCCUGGAUGACUUCGGUGCUGUUGAUGCUGCCCGUGAUACUCUUUGCCAACUCCGUGGAGACGAAGCCCGGUCACAUGUCGUGCAACAUUGAGUGGCCCGAGUUGUUUAACAUGCAGUCCGAUUCGGCAUUCAUAUUGUAUUCUUUGAUACUCGGCUUUGCCACGCCGCUGAUCUUCAUCCUGACCUUCUACUGUUUGGUUAUACGCAAGCUGCACACAGUGGGACCGAAGCACAAGAGCAAAGAGAAGAAGCGUUCGCAUCGCAAAGUUACCAAGUUGGUGCUCACUGUGAUCACAGUGUACAUAUUGUGCUGGCUGCCACAUUGGGUGCUGCAGGUGGCGUUGAUUAACUCGUCGCACAGUUGCGCCUCCAAGCUGCAGGUUGUUGUGUUUCUUGCCUGCGGCUGUUUGGCGUACUCCAAUUCGGCCAUGAAUCCGAUACUCUAUGCCUUUCUCAGCGACAACUUCAAGAAGAGCUUCAUGAAGGCGUGCACUUGUGCCGCUCGCAACGAUGUCAAUGCCCAGCUGCAGCUGGAGAACAGUUUCUUCCCGAAGUUCGGCAAGGGACGGCAAUCGGAGCGACUAAUUGGGCCCAACAAUGCUAAUGGCAACAAUGGCAAUGGCAAGAACAACAAGAAGAAGACACUGGCUGGUGGUCGAAAUAACAAUGCCCCAAUGACCACAACCACAACGACAACAACAACGGCUGGCACCGAUGUCAUUACCUCGAUACAGCCAACAACACUUGCCACUUGCCCCUGCCCCACUCAAGUGGCGACACCGAAUGCCGCAACCGCCGCCGCUGCCCUCAUUGUCGUCAAUGCCGAGGCAACAGCAGCAGCAGCAGCAGCCAACAACUGUAAGCCGCCUGUGCUGCACACGGAUUUAUAAGACCGGGCCGCUGCUCCUGGGGUGCCGCUCGAGACGGUUGUGUUUAUAGCGAGGAGAUGAGAGAUGCGAGUGGAGGUCCAACUGGACUUUGAUACUGAGCUGAUGAGGCCAUCGGAAUGCUUGUUAUAAGUAUGGCAUUUGAUAUUUAUUGAUAUGUAUAUGAGUGUGUGUUGUGUCUGUGUGUCUGUGUCUGUAUCUGUUUCUCCUCUCCCUUCCCCACUCUUCAUGUGUAUAACGAAUAGGUGAAUGAAGCCAAAGAUAUAAUCUUAGAGUAUUGCGAAAGGAAGCUUGGCCAAAGAUUUAAACCAAAGAAAGACUUUGACAGCACACUCGAUUUCCCCAAAAAAAAACAAAACAAAAUAAACAAGAGUCAAUGAGAAUUCAAAAAUUCCAGCAGAAACAUAAAUAUAAUUCCACUGGAAGCAAAACAGAGUAACCAAAAACAAAGAAUAUUGUAAUUAAAUGCAUCACAUUAACGAAUUAAAUUCCAAUGUGAUUAUUGUAUUAGAAAGGAAGGAAAUUCACAACCAAAUAACAAACAAACAUUUAUACAAAAAAAUACAAAAACAAAAACUCAAUUAUUCAUUAACAUUGUUUAUAAUCUGUAAGCAUUUAAAUACUAUUGCAUAUUGCUAACGAUAAUAUUCGAAUAUAAUUAAUUACUAAUUUAAAUAAAGAAACAAACAAAGAACCACAUAAAAAUAUCCAAUACAAAACCAAUGUUCGAAGCCAGUUUAAAUGUCCCUCUACAACUUAAGAGUACUUACAACAAUAAAAUCAAACAAGAUAUACGAAAACUAAGAUACACCAUAAACGAUUUAAUGUUGCCAUUUGAAUAUUUAUGUACGUGUGCUAUUUGUAUUUUUGAACGUAAACUAAGCUUAUUAAUAUUCUCGUAGUUGUAUACAUUUCAGAACAUCUUAAUAAUAGUCCGAAAAAAAAACAAGUUACAGGAAUGCAGUAAAAUAUUUUCAAAUAUUUAAGUGUCAUUUCGAGUGGCAGCAAAAGUUGUUUGCCCCUCAAAACUUAAAACUCUAAUAUAAGUGAAAUUUAAGUUCGUAUGAAAAAUAAAUAAAAUACA